AUGCUGCAAAGGACUCUCUUCCUCCUGCUGUUCAGCCUGGCCCCGGUGGCUUCCAGCCUCUCUGCAGAAAAGUGCGUGCUGACUGGGAACUGGACCAAUGACCUGGGCUCCAACAUGACCAUUGAGGCUGUGGGCAACAAAGGCAGCUUCAACGGCACCUACUACACAGCUGUGAGCAGCACCACGAAGAAGAUUGAGCUGUCACCGCUGCAGGGGUUCCAGCACCCUCUGAACAACAGCCAGCCCACCUUUGGCUUCACGGUCAACUGGACCUUUUCAGACUCCACCACCGUCUUUGUGGGCCAGUGCUUCAUGGACAAGGAAAAGGAGGUUUUGAAGACCAUGUGGCUCCUGCGGUUACAUGCAGACAGCAUCAGGAAUGACUGGAACGCCACCAUGAUUGGCACCAACAACUUCACCCGCCUGAAGCUGCAGGAGUGA